GUAUUCUACUCUAUGAUAUCUCCGUCAUUAUUCUUGACUUGAGUGGAAGUAUGUUUUCGUGAAUUGUUCACUUUUAAAAUAGUGAAGAAAAAGUUUAAUUAUUUAAUUUUAAUGCUAUCGUCAUGAAACAUGUUUCGCGUAGUGAAAAAAGCUGUAUUGUGCAUCCUUUUGAUUGCUGCAACGGUGUCCUGUAGAAUACACAAACUGCAUCUUUCUGAGGAUGAGCGUCGUUUCGUGGACCUCACGACCUUCGGGUUCUUCAAGGGCGGGAUCCUCGACGUGAAGAUGGUCAACUUCAUGAUGCCCUCAGGACCUGUUUAUGGAGAAUACGGCUUCACACUAGACCGGACGAUAAACGCAGCCAUCAGCCCGUACUUAGCGCAGUCGAACUCCGCGACUUGCUUCCUCAAGGAGAGCGACAACAGCAUCCUGUCGCCGCAACACCCCGCCAUCGUCUUUCUCAAGAUGGACUUCAAGAAUCUAAGGCUGAACGUGACAUGCAAGGCCAAAGUACUUCAUCUUUAUGAAAACAAAUCUGUGAUACCGGAUAUUAUACCUGAUGAGGAGCUAUGCUUUUACUCUGUACUGCCCAUGACGAAGGAGACGAAAAACGGAUUCGAUUUCUACAACACUAGCUUUGCGUUGUACGUCGCAACGCAGAAGGAGGAAGGACUCUACAAUCUAUACUUCAACAACUGCCCGAACACGAGUGAGGGGACCGCACCCGCUGUCAACAUGCUGGUGGAGAUCUUCGAGAGCAACGACGGUAACUUCCUGUCGGCGGGCGAGAUGCCGCUCCCGGUGCUAUACAGCAUGAUGUCGUUCAUCUUCUUCGUGAGCGCCGCGCUGUGGACCUUCAUCCUGCGCACCAGCCGCCAGCCCGUCUACCGCAUACACAUUAUCAUGUGCGUCCUCGUGUACCUGAAGGCUCUCUCGCUCGCCUUCCACGGCAUCAACUACCACUUUAUACAGACUAAGGGGGAACAUGUCACCGCGUGGGCGAUUCUCUUCUAUAUUACUCAUUUGUUGAAAGGCGCGGUGUUGUUCGUGACGAUAGUGUUGGUGGGCACCGGCUGGAACUUCAUCAAGCACAUCCUCUCCGACAGAGACAAGAAGCUCUUCAUGAUCGUUAUACCGUUGCAGGUAUUAGCGAACGUGGCGGAAAUAAUACUAGCGGAGAGCGAGGAGGGCGCCGCCGAGCACAACGCGUGGCGAGACAUCUUCGUGCUGGUCGAGCUGCUCUGCUGCGGAGCCAUCAUGUUCCCCGUCGUCUGGUCGAUCCGUCACCUGCAGGACGCGUCGAGCACGGACGGCAAGGCGGCCAUCAACCUACGCAAGCUCAAGCUGUUCCGCCACUUCUACGUCAUGGUCGUCUGCUACAUAUACUUCACGAGGAUCGUCAUAUCUAUACUUAAUAUCACAGUGCCGUUCCAGUACGCGUGGAUAGACGAAAUGUUCCGCGAGAUGGCGACACUGGUGUUCUUCGUGAUGACGGGCUACAAGUUCCGGCCCGCCGCCGCCAACCCCUACUUCACGCCCACGCAGCUGGACGACGUCGAGCCUGAAGUUUUAUCAGAAAUCGGCGUGCUAGAAGGAGUGACGCGGAUAUCAAAUCGAGGCGACAGGAAACGGGAAGACCUCCAGCCGCUCAUGCAAGAGACUAACUAUAAUUCUGAUUAGGUAUAAUCAUUAGAUUUUUUGUAAUGUUAGCCCUAAGUGACAGCUUGAGGAAGGCUCAUUCGUAGCCGCUACUGGAGCUGAACACCUGAUAUCUGUAUCUAAUACCUCAUAGUUUACAACACGAUUCUAUUUAGACACUUUGAUGUAUUUGAGCUCAUACAUUUUGGGGGUCUAACAUUUUGGGCACUGUGUCGAAAGGCAAUUUACUGUACCAAUAUUAGAGUAUAUCUUACAUAUUUAAUCGCGACCAAUUUACACAUAUAUUUAGCAGUAUUAGGUCAAUACUGCCCGGUCUUCAUUCGAAGUCAGGUAUACGAAAUGCAUUGGCCAGAUUAAAUUGUUCAAUGAUUUUUUAUUCAACAGUAUAUCUUUCAAAAUGCAAAUGAAAUAUUAGUAGUAUAAUUGAAUUUCAUUAUAAGAUAAACUUUCAUCUUUCUCAAUAUAGUUUCCUUAAUUACGUAUUGUAAAUAAUUGCUGCCCGAGUUCGUUUCAUACUGUACAGUUUAAAACUCUCUCUUUCUACACUCGCGUAUGUACAUACUAAAUAUAUAGAUAGAUAUAAGUGAGGUAAACUCCACAUAAUCGUAACCGGGUCAAUUCCAUGUAGUGUAAGUCAAUGGGAUAGAUUUUAUAUAUUGAUAAUGUUUUUUUUAUAAUUGGAUCCUUCAAUAAUCGUUUAGUCCGGGAUCUCUGGUCCAAUUUAGAUUGUUAUAUUGAGAUUAAACAAAGAAACUAGUUAGUAAUAAAUUGAAUGCUGCUUAAAGCGAGAGUUUCUUACAGAAAAAUGACCGACAGAUUAAGAGGCGAUAACCAAGACCUUUUUGGAUGCCUCGUUAAAAUGACGCUUCACAGCAAAUUAGAUAGCUAGCAAUCGAUUACGAAAAAAGACGAGGGAUCCCGGACUAUGUAGUAAUAUAUGAUCAUAAAUAAAUAGUUAAAUAAGUUGUUUCUGCGGCUGUCAAAUCAAUUGAUGACAAUUAGUAUUGGUGGAAGAUACAUUCAAUAGGCAAAUUCGGCAGAAAUAAAACGUAGAACUACAUUAUAAAAUGCACGAACGUAUUUAUGUCUUAAAACAGUAUAUUAAACGGCGAAAAAUCUAAAAGCAAACGGUUUUAUGGGGCAUAGUAUAAAGGAAAGUAAGAAAACGUGACUGUAAUGUUUAACGAAUAAUAAAUAAUAAUAAGAACAUAGAAAAUGUGUUGCCAACUUUAAGGGCAAAGUAAUAAUUGUACCUACUUAAAAUAUGGGUGCGUUCGCAAUACUUAACUGUGGAAAGAAUACAACACAACAACUUAUCACAUCACGUGGUGUCUCGACAUCCGAUAAUCAACUGUAAUAUUAGUCAAAACUAGAUAUUAAAAACACAGUCUCGAAAACCAUGGACAAAUUGAUCUGUUUUAAAAUGUAAUUUCAGAACAUAUUAUUGAUUGACACAAAGACAAACAACUAAUCAGUUCAGAUCUAUUAACACAUUAAGUCGGUGUAAAAGAUAUUAGAACAUAGAUUCUCAUUUCGCUGGUUGUAUCUCUUUAUGUUCAUGUAAUAAAUAGUUGUAGACAAACUGUCAGUUGUCGAGUAUGUAUAUUUUGUUGAUAUAUCUAGGAAUUAGCCUUUCUCAAGCGAAACGUUAAUGCUAGUCCCUUUUUGAUGGCAUUUCUGUACAUUAUUCGUGCAGUCAGCUGCCGACUUACCAUAAGCAAUUAUAAUUUAAGCAUAACCUCAAUUUGAAUUGUUUUUUUUUUUCUAUAAAAUGUGGAUGUUUAAACACGGGGUUAUUUAGACUAAGUUCCGUCGAUUUUUGUAAAUAUCUUUAAAGUUGUAACUAUCAAUAAAAACUUCGAGACUUAAUAUUAAAAAAGCUUUUUAUUCUUAUUAUUAUUUUGUAUGGAAGCUGAAUCCAAGUAAUCCCCGUGAAACGGAAACACCCUUAACUUAGUUUUAGCUAAUGGAAAUAAUACUUAUAAUUAUCAUCACACUUAAUAAGUAUAUUGUAAGGUUUCAAUGUGUAAAAUAUCGAAAUGUUUUGAUAGUUACCGACUCUGCAAUGGUUCUUUAGUGUUGCCACUCUUAAAAUAUCUUAUAGUGUUGCCGUUGAGGUGAAGCGACUCCGGCAGCAAACAACGCAUAAUCCACAAUCAUUUUGAAAGGUUGUAUAAUUUAAUCUUAAUCUUUUAUUAGUUCGCAUAGUGUGUUGUCCGAUACAUGAUUAUUUUUGCUUUUUUUAUUUUUAUUUUUCUUUACUUACAUAUUUUAAGCGUUUUUUUUUUGUUGAUAGCCGUAUACAACAUAUAACCGAAAUAAUUCGAAUAACAUAUUUCUUUGUAUUGUUUAUUUUUUCUUUUUAUUUUGUUUUGAGUUUAAUUUUGUAAUUCUUUUUUAAUGUCUUAUUCUCUUAAUAUUAUCUGAAUAAACAUACAUUGUGUGCACUUGGCAACAUACUAAUCAAUGCUCUCGUCCGAUCUGAGUUAAUUAUUUUAGAACUUUGUACAUCGAUUCUUGUAACAAUAAUUUAAAUAGUUAAAUGUUAAAAUGUUCAACAAACAUUAGAAAGGGUUAAAGAUCGUUUAAAUAAAUGCAACGAAGAAAGGGUAACACACAAUAGGUUAGCUUAUCUAUUGUAUAUUGAACAAUUUUUAAUCCAGUAUGGAACAAAUAGUAUCUUCAAAAAUGACAACUGUGUUUAAAGUGUCUCGGAAGGUCUUUCGAAUCGGUCUUUGAAUUAUAUACAGGGUGGCGAAUAGGUAACCUCUUUUAUUUUUAGAUAAGGCGCGGAGUCCCGGUGGGGUAGGAAAA